AACAUUGAUUUACUUUUGCAAGUCCCGCGUUUUUUUUUUUUACCCUCUCUUUCGCGGGGCGGCGGUGGUUGAAUUACAUACUUUUGGCGCAAAUCGAAUCACGCUCCGGUGGCAGCAGCCGUCUGAUCCACUCUUACGCCGCCGGCGUCUCAUCGUGGUGGAGAGGAGGAGGAGGAGGAGGAGGAAUCAAAGUUUAGUGCUUUCGAGGAGCCGGAAUGAGCACGUCGAGGGAGGAGUCGCCAGAUUGGCUGCGGUCUUUCCAGGUACCGGAAACUCUUUCAUCGGUGGAAUUAUCCUCAGAUUCCGAGGCUUCACUGAAUGGCGUUCCUUCGGGGGAGGAUAAAACUGAUUCCGCAGAAUUGUCUCCACACAAAUCUUCUAAACUUUCUGAUGAAGAUGAGAAUUCGGGUAAAGUUCUUGGGGAAAGUGCUGCAGAGUCUCCAUCCGAUAAGAAGUUAAAACGAAACUCUCCAAAACAAAGGAAAAAAGUAGAAGAUCAGAAACCCCUGAAAAAGAAGAAACUUGAGAUAUCCAAGGAAAGAGAAGGAAACAGUGAUGAUGUGGAAGUUGCAGAUGCAGAAGUUGCAGAGGAAGAAGCAUCUGGCAAGCACAUUGAGCCUCAUGUCUCCACCUCAAGGUUGCCCUUGGUGCUCUCUGAAAAAGUCCAACGCUCAAAGGCACUUGUUGAGUGUGAAGGAGAAUCCAUAGAUUUGAGUGGUGAUAUGGGUGCUGUAGGACGGGUAAUUAUUUCAGAUUCCAAAGCUGCAGAUCCUGAAAUGUACCUUGAUUUGAAAGGAACCAUAUACAAAACAACAAUAGUUCCUUCCAGGACAUUUUGUGUUGUUAGCUUUGGUCAGUCGGAGGCAAAGAUUGAAGCUAUCAUGAAUGACUUCAUUCAGCUGAAACCACAAUCAAAUGUUGAUGAAGCUGAAACAAUGGUUGAAGGAACCCUAGAUGGAUUCUCGUUUGAUUCAGAAGAUGAGGGUGACAAACUUCCUAAAGCCACUCUUCAACAAGCUGAUCAAAACGAGGAUGCUGAAGAACAAACUAAGGGGGCAACCAUGGCGAAGGCUAAGAAAGCAUCGACUGUUGUAAGGAAGAGAGCUAAACCUGCCGGAGGGAAGCCACAACCAGCAAAGAAACCAAAAAAGAAACCUCAAGUUUCCAAGAAGGCCAAGGGCAAGAAAUGAGGGACACAAUUUUGUUUAUCAUUUAUUCUGCUGGAAAAUCGGAAUAUUAGUUCUCAUAGUUGACAGGAGUGGAUUGGUGAUGUAGAAUACCUAGCGGAUCAGAUUAUGUAGCAGCUCAACAGACGUAAUCACAAGAAUAACAAGGUUUUAGUAAUAUGAAACGGCGGCCCGCUGUGUUUGAUUUAGGCCGAUAAUAUGCCAUUUCGAAGGGAUUGAUAAUACGCCGAUGUAUCGUAUUACUGUCAUUGUUUUAAGUUGGUUCAUGGAGUAUUUAGUGACCAUUGCUGUAUAACAAUGCCGAUUGGUGGCCUAUAUUCCUUUGAAAUUUUUACAUGUAGGAUCCAUUGUUCAUUAUUAGAUACAAAUAUUGUAUUGCAACGACUGAUCUACUACAUUUCAAUGCAAUUUGGUGUUCCUGAA